AUGACUCCCAACAGCAUGACAGAAAAUGGCCUUCCAGCCUGGGACAAACCAAAGCACUGUCCAGACCACGACCACGACUGGAAGCUAGUAGGAAUGUCUGAAGCCUGCCUCCAUAGGAAGAGCCAUUCGGAGAGGCACAGCACCUUGAAAAAUGAACAGACAUCGCCACAUCUCAUCCAGAGCACUUGGGCUAGCUCCAUAUUCCACCUGGACCAUGACGAUGUGAAUGAUCAGGGUGUCCCAAGUGCCCAGACCUUUCAAACGGAAGAGAAGAAAUGUAAAGGGUACAUACCCAGUUACUUAGACAAGGACGAGCUAUGUGUGGUGUGCGGUGACAAGGCCACGGGCUAUCACUACCGCUGCAUUACGUGUGAAGGCUGCAAGGGUUUCUUUAGAAGAACCAUUCAGAAAAAUCUCCAUCCAUCCUAUUCCUGUAAAUAUGAAGGAAAAUGUGUCAUAGACAAAGUUACACGAAACCAGUGCCAGGAAUGUCGCUUUAAAAAAUGCAUCUACGUUGGCAUGGCAACAGAUUUGGUACUGGAUGAUAGCAAGCGGCUGGCAAAGCGGAAGCUGAUUGAGGAGAAUCGGGAGAAGAGACGGCGGGAGGAGCUACAGAAAUCCAUCGGGCACAAGCCAGAGCCCACUGACGAGGAGUGGGAGCUCAUCAAAACCGUCACCGAAGCCCACGUGGCCACCAACGCCCAAGGCAGCCACUGGAAGCAGAAGCGGAAAUUCCUGCCAGAAGAUAUUGGACAGGCACCGAUAGUAAAUGCCCCAGAAGGUGGAAAGGUUGACUUGGAAGCCUUCAGCCAUUUUACAAAAAUCAUCACACCAGCAAUUACCAGAGUGGUGGAUUUUGCCAAAAAGUUGCCUAUGUUUUGUGAGCUGCCAUGUGAAGACCAGAUAAUCCUCCUCAAAGGCUGCUGCAUGGAGAUCAUGUCCCUUCGCGCUGCUGUGCGCUAUGACCCAGAAAGUGAGACUCUAACCCUGAACGGGGAGAUGGCAGUGACACGGGGCCAGCUGAAAAAUGGGGGUCUUGGAGUGGUGUCAGAUGCCAUCUUUGACCUGGGCAUGUCGCUGUCUUCUUUCAACCUGGAUGACACGGAAGUAGCCCUCCUUCAAGCGGUCCUGCUGAUGUCUUCAGAUCGCCCAGGACUCGCCUGCGUGGAGAGGAUAGAAAAAUACCAAGAUAGUUUCCUGCUGGCCUUUGAACACUAUAUCAAUUACCGAAAACACCACGUGACACACUUUUGGCCAAAACUCCUGAUGAAGGUGACAGACCUGCGGAUGAUCGGAGCCUGCCAUGCCAGCCGCUUCCUGCACAUGAAGGUGGAAUGCCCCACGGAACUCUUCCCCCCGUUGUUCUUGGAAGUGUUUGAGGACUAG